GCCCCUGCAGAAAAACAAAACCACAUACAAGAAGGAGGAAGGAGCAGGAGUAGCGUAUGAGCUUCAGAUCCGCUCGGCCUCCGUCUUAAGCGCUUAGCGUUUAUUCUAUCAGUGCAUUGAUACUAAUUCAUUCUGCGCUCGCCCUUCCUAGCAGUUCGCUGUUCGCGCCCUGAUCGCCACGGCACACAGAGAGAAAAACGCUUGACAGAUCACGCAGCGAUCAAGCCUAAAAGCAGCGACCCUCCACACUGUCGCCGCCGCCGCGCCGCCGAUCCUUUUUGACAGGCGGCGAGAGCAACAGCAGGCGGACACACGCGCGAGCGCGUGCACACACACACACACACACACACACACACACACGAGAGAGAGAGAGAGAGCGAGCGAGCGAGCGAGCGAGCUCUGGAGGGAAGGAACAAAUAGGAGAGAGUAAGCAGGGUGCAGCAGCAACUGCACCGCAGAAAUACGGAAGAAGAAUCGCUGCUUCUCUUGCACACGCAUCAUGUGGGUCUGUCUGUAAGAGGGGUGGUGGGGGGGCCAGAUCCCCUCUCCUUCCCUCCCUCCCCCACCCUGUUCUCCCCCUUCCACACACGCUUAGACACGGGCACACGCGCCAACAAGGAAGAGGAGCCGAGGGAGCCGCAGAGGCCGCGGGAAUAAUCAGAGAACUGAUUGUGAGAAAGGAAAGCAGAAGAAAUAUUUCCUGACAAGAUGGCCGACUUGGAGGCUGUGCUCGCCGAUGUGAGCUACUUGAUGGCUAUGGAGAAAAGUAAAUCUACUCCUGCGGCCAGAGCAAGCAAGAAGAUCGUCCUACCUGAGCCGAGCAUUCGCAGUGUUAUGCAGAAAUACUUGGAAGACAGGAAUGAGGUGACCUUUGACAAGAUAUUUUUGCAGAAGAUUGGCUUCCUGCUGUUCCGAGACUUCUGCCUGACACAGGCAGAGGAGGCCAAGCCACUGGUGGAAUUCUACGAAGAGAUCAAAAAGUAUGAGAAGUUGGAUUCUGAUGAGGAACGAGCUAUUAAGAGCCGCCAGAUCUUUGACACAUACAUCAUGAAGGAACUGUUGUCCUGCUCUCAUCCUUUCUCCAAGUCAGCCACAGAGUAUGUGCAGAGCCGCCUCAGCAAGAAGCAAGUGCCACCUGACCUUUUCCAGCCGUACAUUGAAGAGAUCUGCCUGCGUCUGCGUGGGACUAUCUUCCAGAGGUUCAUUGAGAGUGACAAGUUCACACGCUUCUGCCAGUGGAAGAAUGUGGAGCUGAACAUCCAUCUGACCAUGAAUGACUUCAGCGUUCACCGGAUCAUUGGGCGUGGUGGCUUUGGAGAGGUCUACGGAUGCCGGAAAGCAGACACGGGCAAAAUGUACGCCAUGAAGUGUCUGGAUAAGAAGCGCAUUAAGAUGAAGCAGGGGGAGACACUGGCCCUGAAUGAGCGCAUCAUGCUGUCUCUUGUCAGCACUGGGGAUUGCCCCUUCAUCGUUUGCAUGUCAUAUGCCUUCCAAACGCCGGACAAGCUAAGCUUCAUCCUGGACCUCAUGAAUGGGGGCGACCUUCACUAUCACCUCUCCCAGCACGGGGUCUUCUCUGAGGCCGAGAUGCGUUUCUAUGCAGCAGAGAUCAUCCUGGGCCUUGAGCACAUGCACAACCGCUUUGUGGUGUAUCGAGACCUCAAGCCAGCCAACAUCUUGCUGGAUGAGUUUGGCCAUGUCCGCAUCUCAGAUCUCGGACUAGCCUGUGACUUCUCCAAAAAGAAGCCUCAUGCUAGCGUUGGCACACAUGGGUACAUGGCACCAGAGGUACUACAGAAAGGGGUGGCCUAUGACAGCAGUGCCGACUGGUUCUCUCUGGGCUGCAUGCUCUUCAAACUCCUGAGGGGGCACAGUCCCUUUCGGCAGCACAAGACUAAGGACAAGCAUGAGAUUGACCGCAUGACACUCACUAUGGCUGUGGAGCUGCCAGAGUCCUUCUCACCUGAGCUGCGCUCCCUCCUGGAGGGGCUGCUACAGAGGGACGUCAACCGUCGCCUGGGCUGCAUGGGCCGUGGGGCUCUUGAGGUCAAGGAGAGUCCCUUCUUCCAGGGCCUAGACUGGCAGUUGGUCUUCCUCCAGAAGUAUCCACCUCCCUUGAUCCCGCCACGCGGAGAGGUGAAUGCAGCCGAUGCGUUUGACAUUGGUUCCUUUGAUGAAGAAGACACCAAAGGAAUUAAGCUAUUGGAGAGUGACCAAGAGCUCUAUCGCAACUUUCCACUCACCAUCUCAGAGCGUUGGCAGCAGGAGGUGACUGAAACAGUGUUUGACACAGUCAAUGCUGAGACUGACAAAUUGGAGGCCCGCAAAAGAGCCAAGAACAAGCAGCUGGGCCACGAGGAAGAUUAUGCCCUGGGCAAGGACUGCAUCAUGCAUGGAUACAUGUCAAAACUGGGGAACCCGUUCCUUACUCAGUGGCAGAGGCGAUACUUCUACCUCUUCCCAAAUCGGUUGGAAUGGCGUGGAGAGGGAGAGUCUCCGCAGUCCUUGCUCACCAUGGAAGAGAUCCAGUCAGUGGAGGAGACACAGAUAAAGGAUCGAAAGUGCAUCCUGCUUAAGAUCAGGGGGGGCAAGCAGUUUGUUCUGCAGUGUGAUAGUGACCCGGAGCUGGUGCAAUGGAAGAAAGAGCUGCGUGACGCCUACCAGGAAGCUCAACAGGUGCUGCAGAGGGUGCCCAAGAUGAAACAUAAGCCACGUUCUCCAGUGGUGGAGCUAAGCAAGGUCCCCCUGAUCCAGCGCAGCAGCAGCAGCACCAAUGGCCUCUGACCCUCCUCAACUUCCUCUCCUAUCCUUAAUUUAUUCGGCUGGGUUUGUCCACCGUCCCCAUCCUCUCUCCUGUCUCUCUUUGCUGAUCGUUGUGACGUCCACCCCAGCCCCCUGGGGUAUUGUAGUGAGGGGGAGGGGCAUCCAGAAGGUGUGGGACAGGCUUCCCCCAUCCCCUCCUGCCUCCCAGAACAUGGGGAUUGAUAACCAGUUGAGGGAAAGGAGCCUGGUUGGUAAGAUGGAUGAGAGUCUAUCCAUCCCCUACUAAAGCAAGGCUGGAAUUAAGGCCCUGCCAAUAUAUAGGACCAAAGGAAGGAGAUGUUCUGAGCUGCUAAUGCCUCCUGAGCAUUUCCUCCUUCCUCCCUGCACUGCCAAACAUGUGCCAGUGCACCCAUGAGGAGCAUCACAGAGUGCUAGCUUAGGCCUUGCUUCCAUGGGGUAUGCGGAGAGCAUAUCUUUUGAGUUCGUCCAGAGAGUGCUAACAUGGAUGAAGAGAAAUUUGCAUGACAAUCUGAAUUCUAGCCCCUUGCCCUUCCAGCAGCAACCUCUGACAAUGCUUCCAUAGCAGCUCCUGUAGAAAGAGCACCCUGGUUCUGGCAGGGAGAGUGCAUUUUUCACUGCCUCUACCUUUUGCUCAAAGAGUAUCGGUUAGGCAGCCAUUGUGCCAUAAGCAUCCCUUUCAGGACUGGCUGGGUUUCCACUCGGAGGGGUUAGAAGGAAUUGCCUUGAGACUAUCAUCCACCAGUGUAGAUGAUGGUUUGUUCCUGUGCAGGUCCUCAGCCCUAACCCACACCCUCUUGUCCUGCUAGCAAGACACCAUCUUGUCCUGCAAUCCCAAACUUCACAGUUCUCACCCAGGCCAGUGGCUAUUCCUGCAGCAGCCUUAGGAACUGCAAUCCUUUGCCUGCAUUAUUCUGCUAUCCUAAGCAUGGAAAGACGUUCUCUUAUCAACUGUGCCAAACUUCAGGAUGAUAUUUGUGCCCAUCCCUGUGGCCCAGCGGAGAGCGUAUAAAGCUGAACUCCCGGUGUCCCUCAGCCAGAUCUGGACAGGUUCUGUGCAUUUACUUGCCUAGACUGUGCUAAUGCCUUUGACUGUCUCCUUAGGACAGGGGGAGAACGGCCUCUGCUCUGCUAUCUCCACUGCCAAAACCCAUCCUGCUUCAUUGUGGAAAGGGCUGGGCGAGAGGCUUCAUGCCAAAAGAGAUUCUGAGCUUCCUGAACCUCUCCAAGCCGGGGGUGAGUGGGGGAUGCAGAAGCUGGACGCUUAGCCUGGAGAGCAGCUUAGCCCUGUGCCAACUCCCAUGUGUCCGAAGGGUUCUGUAAAUAGCUCUGUGCCAAGGGGCCAGGCUGAGUUUGAAAAACUGGGCCCGCUUGACCCCUCCAUUCCAGUAUGCCUUGUAUGAACGGCAUUGAUCCCACCCAGCCCUCAGCAGUGUUAUGAUUUCUCCCACAGGAUGGAGAGAAAUCUCACGUUGAUUGAAUCCUGCUCCCUUCCUCCCCCUUCCAUUUGCGUUAGCAGGGGAACUGGGACGGACGGUUUUCGGUUGUGGAUCAGGUUUCAUCCCCGUGGCCUCAUGCCCCAAGCGCAUGCAAUCGCCUCUGCUGCAUGCCUCCCGUGUGAUCAGUUGCGCCUGUUCUGCCACCUAAAUGACCAUAUUCCUUCCAAGGUGAUUGGCCCUGGAAGGGGAGAGGUGGAACGAAGCCCCUUUCCCUGCAGUGUUUGUAAAUAUUGAUCUCUGGUUUGUCUCACUGGGUUAUUAUUAUGGAUUUUUUGCCGAUUUUUGAAUGUGAUUUUAAUGAGUGGGAUAAAGACUGUUUUUAUAAUAAAAGAAAAAAAAUCCAAAACCCACAA